CCCCCGCAUCAAGCUGGGCUCCCAGGGGCUAGAGGUCUCCGCGCAGGGCCUCGGCUGCAUGGGCAUGUCCGCCUUCUACGGUCCGCCCAAACCCGAGCCUGACAUGAUCAAGCUCAUCCACCACGCCGUCGCCGCCGGGGUCACCCUCCUUGACACCUCCGACAUGUACGGCCCGCACACCAACGAGAUCCUGCUAGGCAAGGCGCUUCAAGGCGGUGUAAAGGAGAAGGUCGAGCUGGCCACCAAGUUUGCCGUCUCCUUCGCCGACGGCAAGCGCGAGAUCCGCGGUGACCCGGCGUAUGUACGGGCAGCCUGCGAGGCCAGCCUCAAGCGGCUCGGCAUCGACUGCAUCGACCUCUACUACCAGCACCGCAUCGACAAGAAGGUGCCCAUCGAGGUCACGAUUGGUGAACUCAAGAAGCUAGUGGAAGAAGGAAAGGUUAAGUACAUUGGGUUAUCCGAAGCAUCUGCAUCAACAAUCCGAAGAGCUCACGCAGUCCAUCCUAUCACUGCAGUACAGCUUGAAUGGUCAUUAUGGUCUAGAGAUGCGGAAGAAGAUAUAAUUCCCACUUGCAGAGAACUUGGAAUUGGAAUUGUAGCUUACAGUCCACUAGGCAGAGGGUUUUUUUGUAGUGGAGCAAAACUAGUUGACUCACUGUCAGAGCAGGACUUCCGCAAGCAUAUGCCUAGACUUCAACCAGAGAAUAUUGUCAAGAAUGCUAAGAUAUUCGAGCAUGUGAAUGCAAUGGCAGCUAAAAAAGGAUGCACACCAUCACAGCUAGCAUUGGCAUGGGUUCACCAUCAGGGAAACGAUGUUUGCCCCAUACCUGGAACAACAAAAAUCGAGAACUUCAACCAGAACGUGGGGGCGCUUUCUGUGAAGUUGACACCAGAUGAGAUGGCCGAACUCGAGUCCUGUGCUGCUGCAGGUGAAAUCUUGGGUGACCGUUAUCCUCAAAUGGCCAACACCUGGAAGGACUCUGAGACCCCGCCAUUGUCUUCUUGGAAAUCUGAGUAGCCAAUCUGGUGUCUCUUCAAUUCUGCCACCGUCACAUUGGUGUAUCUCCAAAUUGUCGGACUGCAGAAGAUACUCAGGUGCACUUUGCAAAAGCGUCCAUAUGAUGUGCUUGCCUUUUGCAAGCUAUGAUGUUUGGUACUUGGUGUGUAUUGCAUGCCUCAAUUUGUAUCAAGAGUAUUUACCCAUGAGUAUAGCUUGAAGGUUAAAACCACUGGUUCGACGAAUAACCAUAUGCAUUUGUAUCGAGAGUAUUUACCAUGAGUAGCAAACUGAAUUUUGUAAUAAUAGUCAAAAGUGUGAUUGU